AUGACAGGGCCGGAGAGCAGGGCCAAAGAGCUAGGCAUGGUUGAGGGAGGUGGAAAGGCAGACCUGUUGGAACACCCCCUGUUGCCAGGAGACCAGGUGGUUGUCAUUAACGACGUGGAACUCAGUGGAUUCAGGCAGGAAGCCGUCUCAUUGGUCAAAGGAUCCUACAAGACUCUCCGACUCACUGUCCGCAGGGAGUGCUGCCCAGGCUCCUGCUGUGGUGACCCCACCCUCACCCCACUGACCCUGCCCACCCUCACCCCCCUACCCACCAUCAGCCCUCCCUCGGACCACCUCGCCCCCCCCUCCAUUCACGGACCCCCCAGAGAGAAUCGAGGAGGAUGUUCUGGAGGAGUUAAACUACACAUCAAAAACAGGUCAGUUCUGGGCCGGUCUCUGUAUGCCUCUAUGGGCAAGUUUACCGGACACAGAUUAAACCUAACCCUGGACUAAGAAGCUAUUUUAAUAUAUAUUCUCUAUUGAACAUGCUUUUUAGUCCACGACUAGGUUUAAUCUUGGUCAGGGAAACCAGCCCUAUAAGGCUCUGUGUGAGUAGUGAGUACUUCUGUAAACGGUUUGCUUCUGUCCCUCUUCUCACCGCAACCUGGGCUCGAACCAGAGACCCUCUGAACUGCCUCCUACGAAGCGGCGUUACCUAUCACUCCACAAAUGCCUCUGCCCUUGCAGAGAAAAGGGAAGCAACUCCUUCAAGGUCUCAGAGCGAGUGACGUCACUGAUUGAAACGUUACUAGCGCACACUGCUAACUUGCUAAGCAUUUCACAGCGGUUCCACAUACAGUAUAUCCAGCCAGGCUACUGUAUGUACAGUAUGUCUGUUUGGGUGUGUUUCUGAACAGUACAAGUGUUUUGGGUCUGUGUUGGUAAUGUUUGCAUUCUGUCUGUGUUUGUGUAUCUGGGUGUGGCACAUCUUUGACUCUACUUGGACUGAGAUUUGAGUCAGACUCUUUUUAUGUUUGACUUUGUUUUGAUGGGGGAGAGAGAGAGAGAGAGAGGGAGAUAUAAACAGAGUGAAAGAGAGAGAGAGAGACAGAUGGA